AUGACGAGUUCAACUGGCGGUGCAGAUCCAGCCGAACGGCUGGCUUCUGCCAAGAAGCUCCGAGAGGAGGGCAAUGCGAAGUUCAAGGGGCAGGACAUCGAGGGGGCUCGGAAAGCGUACAGCGAGGCGUUGCGCCUCACUCAAUUCAAAGAGAUCCCCGAAGGCCUUGGUGAGGAGCUGGUGGCUCUGAGGAGGCCAACCCAGUUGAAUUUGGCUUUGGUUUGUCUUCGUUCGGAUCCCACAGAGCCCUUCCGAGCAUUGGAGCUCUGUGAGGAAGUGUUAGACGCAGAGCCCGACAAUCCAAAGGCAACAUACCGGAAGGCCAAAGCCUUGAUGGAGCUUGGGGAGCAGAAGGAAGCCGAGUGGGAGCUGGUGCGAGCCUGCAAGCUCAUGCCAAAGGAUGCUUCGGUGAGGAAGGAGCUGGAAGCACUGCGACAGAGCUUUCGAAACGACAAGGCCAAGGAAGUAGCAACCUUCCAAGGCCUCUUUGAGAAGAGCCCUGGAUUUGCCUCAGACAACCGCAAAAGUGAUGCUCAGAAGCUGACUAAAGCGGAUGUGGACGACAUCUAUUUCCAUGAUGGCAAGGACAAUCCGUACGAGGGCGCCGAAAAUCCACAGGAGCUGGCCAGGAACUUCCAGUUGUCCGGCAAGUUAGAAGAUGCAGCCCAAGCCUGGGAGGUUGCAAUGGGAAGGACGGCGUCUAGCGAGGACUGGCAAUCUCACUUGACAUAUGCGUUGGAGUACGGUGCUUUGUUGAUGGACGUGAACAUCGACCGGCUAGCCUUGCGUUGCUUCAACACUGUGUUUGAGCGCCCUGUCCAGAAUGAGGACGCGGAGAAAGCACUAUUCGAAGUCAGGCAGCACGCCUUGCUCCUCAAGUCGAUAUGUCUGUUAAACGAAGCAGCAGAAGAUCCGCAGGCAGAGAUCACCGAGUGCCUGGAGAAGUGGCUGUCAAUGGCACAUCCCGGUUUUGGCUCUGAGGAUGCGCUGGAGCAGAAACUCCUCCGACUUCGAGAUGAGCAGGGCAGCAAGGCCAGCGCCGAUCUCGCAGUGGCACUGGGUUUGCUGCAGUUACUGCAGGGCCAGGAGUCAGUGGCUUCGACAUUUGGCUCCGCCUUGUUGGCACCAGAGGACGAGAGCUACUUCGGGGCUUCUCGUCGAUGUGCGACCAGGUGGAACAUGCUCGGGGCCGUCCUCGCGAAUCGUGGUCGUCCAGAAGAUGCCGUUCGUGCAUAUCGCUGUGCACUAUACUGGCAACCCCACUACCCGCGUGCGCUGAUCAACUUGGCCAUGGCAGAGCUGAAGCGCCGCUCUGCCUAA